ACCUGCCUGUCUGUCUGUCUAAAUGCCUGCCUGUCUGUCUGCCUACCUGCCUGUCUGUCUGUCUAAAUGCCUGUCUGUCUGUCUGUCUACCUGCCUGCCUGUCUUACUCUCUACCUGCCUGCCGUCCGGCCUGUCUGCCUGCCUGCCUGUCUGUCUGUCUGGCGUUUACGCACGGCACGUGGCAGCAGUGGUAAACAUGAAUGAGCGCGCGCCCCCGGCCCCCCCUUCUGGCAGGACGUAAACAGCUCAGCUCUGACGCCUUAUCACUCGGCAGCAGGCUCGUAACGGCGCUGCUCCGUCCGCGGGUUCCGCCCGCAGCACACGCGUCUGCGAGGCAGGAGCUGCGUUUCUAGCAGAUUGUUCUCCGGUGACAAAAGGAUGACAUGUGAGCACCUGCGCCGAGUUCUGCUUCUUUGCGUGGCGAUCUGCGCCGUGAGAGCGGCGUCCGUCGCAGGGCUUGACCGGAAGGUGUCUCUGCUGCUGGAAAAGGAACCAACAAACCCAAAGUGCUUUGCUCAAUCCUUGACGGACUUCACCUGUUUCUGGGAGGACGACGAGGAGAGGACUGGUUCCGUGGACCAGUACACCUUCACAUACAGCUACCAAAAUGAGAACAGCAGCAGGUGCCGGCUGAGAGCCGAGCCUGCGGGCGGCAGGAGGCUGUUCCUCUGCCAUCUGAACCGAACCAAGAUGUUUGUCCAGAUGUUCGUCCACAUUAGUCGUGAUGGGAAACCGGUGUACAACCGCAGCCUCCUCAUCGACCAGCUGUUUCUGCUGGACCCUCCUGCUAACGUGACGGUGAGCAGCGCGGGCCAGCGGUGCCAGCUCCACGCCCGCUGGCUGCCGCCCCCCAUCAAGUACAUGGACGACAGCCUGAUGUACCAGGUCAGCUACGCAGCGGCCGGCGGCGGCGCCGAGCAGGUGGAGACGGUUCUGGCCAGCACUGAGCUGAGGCUCCGAGGCCUGCAGCCCGGUACCACGUACGGCGUGCGGGUGCGUGUGAAGCUGGACGGGAUCACCUACGGCGGCUUCUGGAGCGCCUGGAGCGAGCCGGUGCUGACGGAGACUCUGCCUGCAGAACCCAACCCGCUCAUCAUCUCCCUGACCCUCAUCAUCUCUCUCAUCCUCAUUGUGCUGUCCCUCAGUGUGUUCCUGUCCCAUCGCAGGUUUCUUCAAAAGAAGAUUUGGCCAACGAUUCCAACACCAGACAACAAGUUCCACGGUCUCUUCAGCGUUCACGGAGGCGACUUCAAGGAGUGGUUGCGACAGAGCAGUGGAGGCCUGUGGUUGACUCCAGCGUUCUGCUACUCGGAGGAAUGUCCGUUCCCCCUGGAGGUGCUGUCCGAGCUCAGCGUGUGCCCAACGCUGCCGUCGCCCAAAGCCUCCAGAGCGUCAGACGGGAGGGAGCAGGAUUGUGGUGCGGCAGAGGAUUGGGGAGCUGCACCACGUGACCGCCUGAUGAACCGUUUACGAGCACUUCACCAGCACGAGCCCAGCCCUCAGUCGUCUCUGCUGGAGUCCAAGGACGCGUACGUCACCCUGUGCAGCGGUCAGCACCCUGCUGAGAAGGCCUUAACCCUGGAGGUGCUCCUUGCCCCCAGAAAGGCAGCGCUGUCCGAGUGCCACUCGGACCUGGGCUCUGUGCCGCAGAGCUCCGGAUCGGGUCGCCUGUCGUCUCAGUCCAGCUUUGAGUACCCAACCCAUAGCUGGAUGCCCAAAGGGCCCGGCUACAUCUACAUGGCAGGGGCCGAUUCUGGCGUGUCUAUGGACUACAGCCCCAUGAGCAGAGCAGAUGACACUGGGAAAGUGGUUCUUUAUGCCAACGACUACAAGAACGACAUGCCUGCUUUCUCAAGGCCCGUUCUGACCAGGCAGAACUCUAUCCACGAUGACGGCUGAAGACGGACGAAGUGAACCUUCACCUGAAGCUGCGCCAUCUGCCACCAGCGGUUCAGAGGUUCCAGCCAGUCCUGAUCUGUGGACAAAACCCGCCGACGACCACUGGUCCUUACACCAGAACCGGAGGGGGUGGCUCAGUGCCAUCUUUAGAACCCGACCUGUAAAUAUGUCCACAUGUGCUCAUAUAACUUGACCCUUUGUGACCGAUUCAAGUGUUUCAUUUGUUGACAUCCUGUUAUCGUGUAAAUGCUCGUUCCUUCACCAUGACAUUUGUUUAAGAAUAUAACUCAUCGUGUCAUUUUCUUUGUCAAAAACCCCAAUAAAACAUUUAAUUGUGUA